AUGGUUUCUGUAACCUCGUCCUCACCUUUCCACUCCCCUUCUCACCAUCCACACCAACAACCCCAAUCCUCACCACUACCCCGGAAGAAGACCAUGUCUAUUACGCAGACAUACUUCCUAGCUCACAAGGCACGAGCUAAGCUCUCCAACGAGGCUGCUCGACCUGACCACAACCUUCGCCUCCUUGUUGGUCACGCCAACCUACUGGACUCCUUGAUGCUCGACCUUGCCGAUGCCGAGCGGGAACAAGAGAGCUGGUUCAACCAAUCCGUCCGAGGAGCCACACCCAAGGCCGAAGAGAGACAUGUACAAUGGGCCGACAACGUUGCUAUGGAAGACGACUGGGAAGCCGACUCCUCGGACUCGGACAGCGACUCGGACUCGGACGACGAUGACGUAGAGAUGGCAGACGCAGCACCACUACGACGGAUACCUUCCAGCACAAUUCUGCCACCUCCGUCCCCUCAAUUACAUAUGAUCGACGAUGAGGAUGACUUCGAAGAUGACGACGAAGACUACGAUGCCCUAUCUCUUACACGAUCACCAUCCCACUCAGUAACAUCACCACCUGAGCUCGAACACGACUCGGAUUCAUCCGAAGACGAAGCAAUGCCACCUUCACCACCGGUGGCAUCUAUACCUACAUUCUCAGACAAGCAGAGGGAAAGCACAGUGACGACCAAAUACUACGACUCGAGGCAAGACGAUGAUGAGGAAGAUAACAAGGCCGACUUCUACAACGAAGGAUACUACCUGCCGCCGCGACAUCCAGCACGAAUAGUAUCUACGAUUUCGGUCUACUAA